AUGCAUAUCACUCCCAGUACUUUGUUCCCUAGGAACUACCAAAUGAGUGCCUGGAACUACGACCACACUCGUUUCGAAGCUGAAGUGUUCGAGCUUGAGGUCUUGGGUCAGGUGCCAGCUGACCUCCACGGCGCGUACUACCGUGUGCAACCAGACCACGCCUUCCCACCUAUGUUCGGCGAAGACGAGGUCCCACUGAAUGGCGAUGGUAACGUCUGUGUAUUCAAUUUCCAAAAUGGCCACGUCGACUUCAAAAACCGUUACGUGCGGACUCCAAAAUUCGAGGCUGAGCGCGCUGCUCGGCGAGCUCUCUUUGGCCGUUACCGCAAUAAAUACACAGACGACCCGCGUGUCCGCGACGUCCUUACCCGCACCACCGCCAAUACUCAUGUGAUCUACCACGCAAAUAAGAUCAUGGCACUUAAAGAGGAUGCUCCGCCUUUUGAGAUCGAUGCCGCUACACUCGAGACCAUUGGCAUGGUCAACUACAAUGGGACCUUCAAGUGCCCUACGCAUACUGCCCAUCCCAAGGCAGACUCCACAACCGGCGAGUUGGUUGGAUUCGGUUACGAGGCUAAGGGUGAUGCCUCGCCAGAUAUCUGCUCUUUCACAGUGGACAAGUCCGGCUAUCUGACAGAAGAGGUCUGGUUCAAGGCACCAUGGGCCUGCAUGAUCCAUGACUUCUGGGUGACAGAAAACUACGUAGUAUUCCCUAUCAAUGGUCUGAAAGCCAGCCUUGAACAGAUGCAACAAGGUGGCGAGCAUUUCUUCUGGGACGAGAAUCUUGAUCACCAGCUCUUGGGCGUACUACCUCGUCGAGGUGCAAAACCCGAGGAUGUAAAAUGGUUCAAGACCGCUAAAGGUUGCUAUUCGCACACUAUCAAUAGCUACGAGGAAGAUGGCAAGCUUGUAUUGGAUGCCAACGUGUGGACCGACUGCGUUUUCCCUUUUUUCCCAAACAGUAAGGGUAAAAAGUUCCACUACGAUCCGAGAAACGUUCGGUCUCCGAUAUUGCGAUAUCGCUUUGAUCCAAAGGGAAGCAGCGAGGAAAUGGUCCAUCCAGAGAACGUGAUAGUUGAGGGCGUCAACGAGUUUGGACGCGUCGACGACCGCCUGCUCGGAAAGAAGUACAAUCGCUACUGGAUUCUAACCAUCGAUCCCACCAAGCAGGUGUAUACGAAUGGUACAGCUGCGCAGGCUGGUUUCAAUACCCUUGUCUGCCAUAAUUUUGAGACCGGUAAAAGUCAGUCUUAUUAUCAUGGUGAUAAUAUCACAUUCCAAGAGCCUUGCUUUGUGCCUCGCUCUGAGAAUGCUGCCCCAGAGGACGGAUACAUUGUCCUGCUUGCGGAUCUUUACAGCGAGAGUCGUAGCCACCUCCUCCUUUUCGAUGCGCAAGAAAUUGAGAAGGGUCCAUUAGCCGAAAUAAAGCUCCCAUUGAAGCUGCUGGAUGGCCUACACGGCAGUUGGGUAGAUGGCAAGGACAUAGAGUUGGCCACCCGAGGCAAGCGCUGA